AUGGAAGACUCCGAACAUAUUAGCGUACUUAUGGAAGGCAGUGAAAUACCACCGGCGGCGACCAUUGGUGAGGCUGACAAGCCUAGCAACGACACAGCAACUGGAAUUGGAUCGACAUUCACAGCUGGUAGUGCACCGUAUUGUCACGCAUCAACGCCCACUACUCACCCUUCCACAUUUACAGUACCGGGCGUGAACAACGCAUCCAUGAUAACAUCAGUUCAUGGAACUCAACCGCACUACAUGGUAUAUAGUACCAGUGCACCGCUGUUUCAAACCGCGGCAGUCAAUGCAUUUACAAGCACGCGUGGGCCCGGCAUUGCUAAUGGUGACAUACCUAACCUCACUUCGGCUUUCAUGCCUUGUAGCGCGCUAACCUAUCCAACGUUCGGCAAUACAUUUCGGCCAUUUUGUUCACAGACGAAUAUGCAUAGCCGCGUGGCACCACCACCGAAUACUUCUGUUUUCAUGCAGCCGAACAUUAUGUCAUCGUGUAACCAAACGCGUGACCCCUCUUAUAAUGUUUUCAGCCAAUAUAGCACAUCCGACGUCAAUUUAACACCAACGCAGAUUUCCAGCAGGCAAGUAAUAACCAAGGAUUUACCGACCUUUUCCGGCAGGCCUGAGGACUGGCCCCUAUUCAUCACGAAUUACGAGCAGUCUACCGAGCGAUGUGGCUUCACUGAUCAAGAAAAUCUGAUCAGACUACAAAAGUGCUUAAAGGGACCAGCUCUCGAAGCGGUGCGUGGUAGGUUAAUGAUGCCAGCAACAGUAGGUCUGGCAAUCAACACAAUGAGAAUGCUUUAUGGUAGGCCUGACAUUAUUCAUCAAACAAUGCAGAUGAAAUUGAGACAAGAGCCAGCAGUUAGGGCCGAUAAAUUGGAAACGCUCAUAGUAUUUUCACUUGCAGUGCAAAACUAUCGCGCUACAAUCCAGGCGGUAGGCCUGGCCGAUUAUUUAAACGAUCCUGUGUUGCUUAAUGACUUGGUAGCCAAAUUGCCAAGCGAUCAAAGGCUCAAUUGGGGCGGCUAUCGUAUGUCGCUCAGUCGCGUCGACAUUGCUGUGUUUGACGAUUGGCUUUUUGGGCUUGCUACAUGCGCGAGUCAAGUAACAAGAUGUGAGCCACCCACAACCACAUCUGCAUUUGAAAAUAUUGAAGUAAAGAAAGGCCGCAAUUCCCACAAGGCAAGAAUUUUAGUUCAUGAAGUUAUGGCAAAAAAUGUAGAGGUAAACGCGAAGGUGACUAUGUGCCCAAAGUGUAGUGCCAAUCAUAAGCUGUCAGACUGUGCAGAAUUUACUGCGCUCUCGCGAAGUGAUCGAUGGCUGUUUGUACGAGAGAAAAAACUUUGCUUACGCUGUUUCAAUUCUCACUAUGUUCGCCGAUGCAAUCUGAAGAAUAGGUGUGGGGUUGACGGCUGCCAGAUGGCACACAACGCUCUUCUGCAUACACCUGUUCCCGUUAAGAGCAACGUCGGUCAUGAGCAAACAGCGCUAUACCACGAACGUCAUUCAGGCUCACCAAAGGAGAAGAAGAACUCGCUAUUCAGGUACGUCGCCGUUACUGUUCGUAACGCAUCCAAAUCUGUUGACACAUAUGCACUCAUCGACGAAGGCGCGUCUUGUACUUUAAUUGAAAACGAGCUUGCAGAUUACCUUGAAUUGGACGGGCCGUCCGAGGCGUUGUGUCUGCGAUGGACUAACGAAAUUACUCAAAGCGAAAAUAACUCCAAGUUUGUAAGUUUUGAGAUCGCAUCGACACAGUUGGGCUCUCCAAACUACUUGUUAAGAGGCGUACGCACUAUUGCUCGUUUAGGCCUGCCUGUUCAAACAUUGGACCGCGAUACCAUGGAGAAGCAUGCCCAUCUCAAAGGUCUACCUAUACUACCAUAUAACGGUGCUAGGGCUCGGAUUCUUAUCGGAGUCGACAACGCGAAAGUCUGUGUGCCAAUUGAAGUUAAGAAGAGUAGCACCUCCAACCUGAUUGCUGCUAGAUGCCGGCUGGGAUGGACCGUUUAUGGUCGAGACACAUCUGAACACGCAGUGAUGCCCCGCGUGCUCCACAUCUGCAGCUGUGAUCCUACGGGCAGGGACCGAAUGGACGAACAGAUGAAGGCGUAUUUUGCUAUCGACGCUAUCGGUGUCUAUGCGCCAGCUAAACCGCUUCGGUCAAAGGAUGAUGAACGUGCUUUACAAUUGAUGGAAAAAUUCACCAAGUUUUUGCCAACAGAGAAGAGGUGGGAAACAAGAUUGCUAUGGAAACAAGACGUCGUCGAUUUACCCGAUUCACUUCCUAUGGCGCGCCGUCGACUAAUGUGCUUGGAAGCCAAGAUGAAGCGGGAUCCUGAACUCCACCGUUUUAUCGUCGACAAAAUUGACGAUUACAAGAAAAAGGGUUACAUACGCAAAUUGGAGUCACUUGAAACAUCGAUAGGUGGCAGAUCGUGGUACCUUCCCAUAUUCACGGUGCUCAACGUUAACAAAAACAAAACUAGAUUGGUAUGGGACGCUGCAGCCAAAGCUGGAAAUACUGCACUUAACAACAUGCUGUUAAAAGGACCUGAUCAGCUAAACUCGAUGAUGGGUAUUCUUCUUCGAUUCCGCGAAAGGCCCUUUGCAAUAUGCGGAGAUUUACGCGAGAUGUUUCACCAAAUUAAGGUAGCCAAAGAGGACCAAGUGGCGCAGAAGUUUUUAUGGCGCGACGGUGAGUCUAAUCGGCAGCCAGAUGUAUAUGCCAUGUGUGUGUUGACUUUCGGCGCUUCGUGUUCUCCUUCGCUAGCGAACUACGUAGAAAACCAAAAUGCACAACGUUUUUCCGAAAAUUACCCCGAAGCUGUACAAGCCAUUAUAAGUAACACUUUCGUCGAUGAUUGGCUUCAGAGUGCAGACAAUGAGGAAGAGUUAUCGCGUUUGGCUACUGUUGUUCGCUGGAUCCAUAACGAAGGAGGUUUCGAGAUGCGAAACUGGGUAUCCAAUUCCAAGAAAACUUUGACUGCACUCUCUGCUAACAGCACGCUGCUAUCCAGAUGUUUUGAGGAGCCUGAAGCUACUAUCGAAAAGGUGCUUGGAAUGUGGUGGUUACCAGCGUCGGAUGAGCUUACCUUUGUGGAAAAGUUUCCUAAAGAAGUUUUUGAUGAGCACACAUUUCCAUCGAAGCGACAAGUUUUGCGUACAAUCAUGAAAAUAUUCGAUCCCCUUGGACUGCUCGGGUAUGUCAUCAUACAAGCAAAAAUCAUUCUACAGGACAUUUGGCGUUCAGGUGUUAAUUGGGACGAGCCUAUCAGAGAGGAUGAUCGCAGUAACUGGUGGAACUGGUUGAAAAGAAUUUCUUCGAUAAACAACGUCAAAAUUCCUCGGUGCUACUUACUUUCCAGCUGUAGCCAGAGUAACCAGUUGCACAUUUUCGUGGAUGCAAGUAUCAACGCUUAUGCUGCUGUGCCGUAUUUGCGUGCUGAAGUUGGUAACGCCGUGAACUGUUCAUUGCUGGCUUCGAAGACAAGGGUCACACCAUUGAAGCCCAUUUCAAUACCGAGGUUGGAGUUAAUGGCAGCAGUUCUGGGUCUGCGGUUGGCAGUUUUUAUAGGCAAGCAACUUUCUGUUCAGAUGCAAGAAAGUUCCAUCAAUUUGUUGCGUUACGUGUCGGCUCUUGAGGGUUCCAGCGCUAAAGAGUGGAGGUGGUUGCCAUCUUCUGAAAACAUCGCUGAUGAGGGCACAAAAUGGUCCGACGUUCGCCAUUUUGACGACAAUGCACGCUGGUUUCGAGGGCCAAAGUUCUUAGCCCAGCCCGAAUCUAGUUGGCCUGUAGGGGAGCUAGUAGGCACUACAGCAGAGCUGCAUCACAUAAGUACAAGUACACCAUUGUCCCCUACCCUGUCAGUAAUUUCUCCAGACGUACGAAGGUUUAGCACAUGGGAGAGACUGCUUUCCACACAACAAAUUGUUCUGCGUUUCCUGCGCCGGAUCUUGAAGUUUACGCCACGUUCGCUACUAAAACUUUUCGAAUUGCGCGAUAUUGAAGCAGCAGAGCAAAUUCUUAUUGCCGUAAGCCAAGAAAAUGCGUUUAGCGAAGAAGUCAAAAGCCUACAACACGGUCAAAAUAUUCAACGGCAGUCUGCUAUAUAUAAAUGGUCGCCGUAUCUGGACGAGGUUGGGAUUCUUCGCGUGAAAGGUCGAAUCGACUUCUUAGAAGGAGUAGCAGUCGAUGUGAAGCGACCUGUAAUACUGCCGAAAAAUCAUACAGUAACGCGUUUGAUAAUUGAUUUCUACCAUAGAAAAUUUCACCACCAUCAUAAUGAGAUUAUUGUCAAUGAGAUGCGCCAGCGAUACUGCGUCGGUGCUUUGCGAUCGAUGGUAAAAGAGUGCGCCAAAAGAUGCCAAAUGUGUCGCAAUCGUAAAGCUAAGCCGCAACCACCUCAAAUGGGAAGUCUACCUGUAGAACGACUGUCACCAUUUACAAGGCCAUUCACGUUUACAGGAGUGGACUAUUUUGGCCCUAUCGACGUAGCUGUUGGCCGGCGGCGUGAAAAACGUUGGGGCGUGUUAUUUACGUACCUGACGAGUCGUGCCGUCCACAUCGAGAUCGCGGCGUCGUUGUCGACGGAGACAUUCCUGCUAAUGUUGAAAUUGUUCGUGUGCCGCAGAGGAGUCCCGAAGCGCAUUGUGUCAGACAACGGCACAAAUUUUCGUGGUGCCAGCCGAGCACUUAUCAGCGAGAUAGAAAGGGUGUCAUCCGAUGACCUAGAGAGAAGACAUCCCCAAAUCGAGUGGUCCUUCAUUCCGCCCUCGGCUCCUCACAUGGGUGGGGCAUGGGAGCGAAUGAUACAGUCAACAAAAUCAAUUUUAAUGGAUAUUACGCACGAAGAAGUUCUAAGGGCCACUUUAGCGGACAUUGAAAAUAUUCUUAAUUCAAGACCUCUGACAUAUGUGCCCUUGGAGACUGCAGACGAUGACGCACUUACGCCCAAUCACUUUUUGUUAGGAAACUCAAGCGGAAUUCGCGAAUCAGGUUGUGAUGACGACAGUGGGCCAGCUCUCCGUCGAUGUUUUCGAAUUUCAAACCAGCUAGCUAACCAAUUCUGGAAGCGUUGGAUGCAAGAAUAUCUUCCGUGCCUUACUAGACGUUCUAAGUGGUUCCACCCACCGAUUCGACCUAUCGAAAUAAACGACGUCGUGGUCAUCGUUGACAACAAUGCGAAAAGGAACUCGUGGCCGAAAGGAAUAGUUAUAGAUCUCCACCGUGGAAAGGACGGAGAGGCUCGUAGCGCUGUGGUGAAACUAGCAAACGGUCUGUGCACCCGACCCGUAAUUAAAUUAGCAAAACUCGAUGUUACUAGUCACAAUUGA